AUGUCCGAAUCAGCGUAUGGCCUUACUACUUUCAGCCCUUCGGGGAGGCUUGUGCAGAUUGAAUACGCAACCACAGCCGCGAGUAAGGGUACAACCGCCCUUGGGGUCAAGGCCAUGGAUGGAGUGGUCAUUGCCGCAGAAAAAAAGACGACAUCUCCUCUUGCUGCAUCUUUGACGGUGCAAAAGGUUUUUGUUCUUGAUGAUCAUGUUGGCUGCACUUACAGCGGAAUUGGUCCCGAUUGUCGGGUGCUUGUUGAUGCUGCCCGAAAAGCGUGCCAAAAGUACCGUCUGACGUACCAUGAGCCCAUGCCGGUUAGUCAACUCGUUCGUCACAUAAGCUCUCUGUAUCAAGAGUUCACGCAAUCUGGUGGUGUUAGACCUUUUGGCUGCUCGCUUCUUGUUGCUGGUGCCGACUCCCAGGGCAACCAUCUCUAUCAGGUGGACCCCAGUGGCACUUUUUGGGCGUGGAAGGCCACCUCGAUUGGCAAGGGAAGCACCGACGCCAAAACAUUCCUGGAGAAGCGCUACACAAAUGAAAUGGAAAUAGAGGAUGCGGUGCAUACAGCCCUCCUGACUCUGAAGGAAGGCUUUGAUGGAACGAUGACAGCAGAAAACACGCAGGUAGGACGGGUGAGUGAGGGAAAGUUUGAGCUUUUCACUGUGGACCAAUUGAAAGACUACUUGGACCAGAUUUAA